AUGGCCGUCUUCAUGAUAAACAUCUGUAAAUUCAAUGGCUGUGGUAUCACGUUUCCACGACUAGCAGAUUUAAUUGAACACAUCGAAGACGUGCACAUUGAUUAUGAUCCCGCAGUCAUUGAACAAAAAGAAGCUUCUCAACCGGCAUGUAUUCCUUUGAGCUAUGUGUUACGAUUUUUUACGGAAGCGUCAAGGCGGGAAUUUCAAAGUUUACCACCAGCUGUAGAUGUGCGCCGCCGACUACUUUCUGCACCAAAGACUCCAUCAGUUCGUAGUAGCACACCUACAGGCAGUGAAGUCGAUGAUGACGAGCUCAUGAGUCCUUCAGAAGACAGCAAUGACUCGUGGACAACAGUCGAAGAGUACAGCUCGGAAUUCAUUCUGCGAUAUGGAGUCAAAAUGAACGCUAAUGCCGCGUCGGGAGCUUUAGGCCCCGCAGCUCAGGAGAAACCUUUCGCAUGUCCAGUGCCCGGCUGCAAAAAACGUUACAAGAAUGUCAACGGCAUCAAAUACCACUCUAAAAACGGCCACAAAAAGGAGGGCAAGGUAAAAAAGGCUUACAAGUGCCAAUGCGGCAAAAGCUACAAGACGGCUCAAGGGCUUAAAAGUCACUCGAUAACUCAGCAUAUCGCCACUAGUCAACCAUCGACGUCCGCCGCCCACCCUCCCACUCCCCCUACACUGCCAACACCCCAUACGCCCGACACAGGACGCCUUCACGCAACAAAGAUGCCUGGAUUAGUUGUCACGGCUUCUCCAGCACAGAGUCGCUCUCUCAACAUCAUAGACGGGAUAGACACGAACAAACUUGUCCGUAUAUACGACAGCCUCAAAACUAAAGAUUUGCACUCGUUUACUGUCCCCAAACAUAAUCUAACUAGCCUUAACCUUAUAGCUGCAAAUCAAAACCAAGGCGUCAGGCACUUUGCACUCACUCCAAAUUCAAGUCCCGUUGACAAAUCUAAAUAUGAGCGAUCCCCAAAAGUGACGGUGAACGCUCAACCUCCGGCUUCGCUAGCGUCGUCUUACGAUAUAUAA